AUGAGGCUCUUUCAUCUCCUUCCCAUGCUUGGGCUUGUCUGUGCUGCACCCGCCGAAGCAGACUAUCCCAUGACGUUGGAUAAACGCCAAACUCCCCCACCUCCAACUCGCCCGCUCCCACAACUGCCAACGAAUCUUGUCAAUAUUACCUGGUGCCAAGUCACCAUUACACAGAAUCCGGGGUUGGAAGUUGUUAAGGCGCACACUGUAUACGCAAAUCUUUAUAUGGUGGACGGAAUCGCCUCGCCUGGGACCAAAAACGGUGCCAAUCCCUACGACUUUUUCGUUUCAACUGGCUCUUCUCUUCCAGGAGGUGGAAUUAUAUUCGCCAAGAAUAAAUACGUGAUGAGUUUGCCUUAUCAACUUGGGCCUGUGAAUAACGACUUUGCACGAAUGCGCUUGACGGACGACGGUUAUAUUGUGGCAAACGUCGAUUACUCGAACCUUGACAAUGCUGCCACAAAGACACCACUUUCAUUCAAUGCCGAGAUGAGGAUAUCAUCAGGAAGCGACAAAAAUACAUACAACCCCCCAACUCCCUAUCGUUUGAUGGAUGGGUUUGUUGGCUUCCGUGUCAAGGACAAUAUAGUUGACGGAAAAAUCCAAAUCACAAAGGAUCUUGGUGGGAACCCUUAG